AUGUCUUUCGACUUGAACGGCUCCGAUUCAUCACAACAUCAUGACGAUGGUUAUAAUCAGGGCUAUAACAACUAUACAACAGCAUCACACAAUCUUGAAAGAAGCUUGUCAAGUCAUAGCAAUUCUAUGAAAGCGACACCAUCCAGUCUUGGUUGGGCCCCCGAAAGUGAACUCCUAAGGCUCUACAAAUUCAUUGUACCCAAGGGAAAAGAGCCAUAUCUAGAAUUACUUCAGGGAUAUCAAAUUUGUUUCAAUGUGCCACAGAGGGUGUAUCUUGAUCCACCUAGUAAUCCUGAAAAAGGAGUUUAUCCCUGCCAAUUCCCAAGCGGCUGCCCAGGAAAACAAUUCCGUAGACCUGCGGAUUUAGAACGUCAUUACAGACACGUACACGCGGACGCAGAUCAAAAGGGGAGUUUUCCAUGCGAUUACAAACCAUGUACUCGAUCCAAGGGCCCCUUUACACGAAAAGAUCAUUACAGAGAUCACCUCAAAGAUUUCCACAAAGAAGACAUUGGGACGGCUAAACAGCCCAAAAAUGCAAAAGAUCCAAAGGCAAUACAAGCUCUUCAACAAACCUGGCUCGAGGAACGUCAAAUUGAUCCUAGAUGGUGGAGAUGUAGACGUUGUCUUCAGAGAGUAUAUGUGGAUACUCAUAGUUAUAAGUGCAUAACAUGUAAUGAAGAAUGCGCUCAAGAAAGAAUCGAAGCUCGGGAACAAAAGAAACAUGGUAUGGGAAAGGAGAGGAUGUCAUUUUCAGAAAAGAAUUUGCCUAUGACUUAUGCGGCGCAGUGUACAAGUUGUAAUGGGAGUAUGUGGAUUACGGAUAGUGAUAGUGUAUUCGCAGAGGGAAAUUCGGUGCCCUGUCCGAUUUGUUUGCCUAGUGGAGAAAUUGUUUAUGAAGACGCGGAAUGGGAUGGGGAUAGAUUUGGUACGAGUUAUGAAGCUGGGUAUUAG